GACGUUACACAAAAUUCAAAAAGGCAGCACAUUUCCGCAUAAUGUCCAAAUUCAACGUUUCUUUAUAUAGUUCCCGGGACCAAUCUGAUAGUUAAUUUGACCAUUGGAAAAAGAGCUACUGCAAUACAAAUUGAAUUGAGUCUCUAAUCUUCGCUUUCAAGGUGAUGAGUACACUUUUCUUCCGAACACAAUACCACAAUAAAUGUGAGUCCAUAAUUAAUCGGGUUUUUUUUGCACCGCAAGUGGCAAUUGUGGCCUUACCACUGUCCAGAGCUGCAUUUGUUCACGAUGUACAACACUUUGUUAUCAGUGAGCGCUACUGAACUUCUGGUGAAUUUGCUUCAAGGGAGAAAGUGUUGAUCUAGACCGGGUUCAGUAUGACGCAACGUUUUGGAACGUUCAGAUAGAAAUACCGUAUGUAGAACAAACCUCUCUGACAUGUAGAAUAAGGAAUUACCCCACCCACAAUUUCUCACCGGAAAGCGUUGUUUUUUAUAUAUAUAUAUAUUAGGUAAAGGCUGAAGUUGGGGUUGAAAGUAAACGUUUAAACGCGUUUUGCCAGAGAGGACGAAGCUAAUAUUUGCACGCUAUUUAUAUAGGCUAUCGCAAUUGUAUUUUUCGUCCAUGUCAAAUGUAACGUUAUAGGCGGAACAGAAUAAUACCAACUUGUCGACUUUCAUUCCGGUCAAAAUGUCUAAACUACAGUUGCUGAACGUGUAUGUUACUGAACGACUAACAGCGGCUGUUGCAGAGAUAUCCGUGGCGGUCGACAGAACAGUAGUAGAGUUGUAUGAAGAAAUCUCCCGUUCUAAGGAGGAGAAUAACCGUCUGCGGAGGCUGUUGGAUUUGGUUUUCAACCCGGAGAUAAAGUUAUACAGAGCAGAUCCCCAGCAGCUCACUUUCCUCAAAUCUGAAGAGGAUGUUCCCACUGAGCAGCAGGACUGUGAGCAGGAGUGGCGAGUCAGGCUGAUUCAUGAGGGCCCAGAGCCCAGACUGAUUAAAGAGGAACUGCUUACCAGUCAGGAGGAAGAUGAGCUUCUAGAGCUCUUGGAUACCAACGACUCCAUAUUCACUUCUUCCUGUGUGGAAAGUGACUGUGAUCAGGAGAACCCAUCUCAGCCCUCACAUCUUCACCAAACCCAAACUGUGGAGGACAGAGAGAGGGACUCUCUACUCACCAACACAUCUAUAGAGAUCAAACUAGAACCUGAUGUAGAGGACUACAGAGUAUCAGAACCAGCCAGUGACUCUCAGCCCCUCUCCGCAGUAACUCUAGACUGUUCUGCAGCUCAGAGUGAAAACAGGAAAAGUGAUGAGGUGGAGAGUAGAGGACAACAAUCAGGAUUUAAGACACUCAAAUCAAAGAGAAAACAGACAAAGAAAGGAGAAAGGUUCCAUACCAGAACUGGAGGCAGGAGGGGUAAAUCCAAGAAGCGUUCAUUCCGUAUGUGUGGGGAGUGUGAGCCAUGCAGGAGGACUGAGGAAUGUGCUCAGUGUGAUUUCUGUAAAGACAUGAAGAAGUUUGGAGGAUCCAAUAAGAUCAGACAGAAGUGCAGACUCAGGCAGUGUGACGUCCACGCUCCGGAAAUGCUGCGUGUGAAGGUUGAGGAGAGCAGGCGGAUCCUGAGGAGAGGAGGACAUUCUUCUGACUACAGUGAGAAUGAGAUGGAAUGUGAUGAAGCUGCACGCCCGUCACUAUAAAAAUGCACUGAACCAACAUGCAUGGUUGUUGAUGACACUGAUGUUUAGAUGAACAGAAUGAAAUAGUCUCUAUAAUGCACAGCGCUUUAACUCAGACAGCUGUUUGUAGCUGCUGGAAAAGUGUUUUAAAGCCUAAACUUAACUCAGGAUGGAACUUUCCAGUGCUACUGUUUUUGUCAUGUCAUAUUUUUAUUAAAACAAAAUCAGACAACCACAUAGUAGAAUAGUAGAUCUAUUUAUCUAGUCUGCUUGUUGUGUGUUCUAUGUGAGAUAAAUAUUCCUCUCGAGGUGCAUUCAAGUUGUGAGAGCCAUAGGAGGGAAACCUGUUCUCUGACAAGCAGUCAAUGCACAGCAAUUCUUAAUGUUAUCUCGCAAAAACACGUUUAAAAGCAGUUUUGUCCCUUAAAAAAAAUGAGGGGGAACCCAGUUUUACAUUGCUACCACGUUUAUUUCUCUACUCCUUCAAUCGCGUGUGGCAUCGUUAAACAAAUGCAGAGUUUCAAGCUUUAGGUGCAACAGAGCUCUUAAAGGGGGAAGAAAGGAAGUUAAAUAAUUCUUUAAAUAGAAACCUUUUUUGUGUGAAUAAUUAUUUAUAUAUUUAUAAUAACAAUCGGGAUGUUUGGUUCAAUGGGGGUAAAUGUAGAUUAUAAAACCUUUCAUCAGUUGGCUAUAGGCGAUGAUGCUUAUUGCUAAUGGCUCAUCUGAUAAUAUAGACGGACCAUGCCUAGGCUUUAUGCAUAGUCCAAUAUCUGAAAAUAAUUUAAACAUUGUUUUUACCAAUAUGUUUUUGGGCCCAUUUCUGGAGGUGGAAAUUAUAUUUCAGGUGGUGACAUUUUGUCUUUGAUUUUAGAGUAGAAUGACUCAGCUUCUCAGUCCUUCAACAUACAAAUUAUCCCGGGGGAGGACCCCGGACCCCCUAAGCAAGGACACUGGAGUUGGUCAAACUCAUAGUUUAAUACAUGUACCAAAUGAUCCCUUUUCCCCUAAACGCAUGAUGGUCAUGACUUUCUUAGACAAAAGGGGAGAUUAUCUUGGGAUUUUUUUUUAUCUUUGGGAUUCUCUUUUUGUUUUAACCACUGAAAUUGUAAAGGUUUGUGUAAUUAACUUCCUGUCUCUCGUGUUGGGCGAGGAUUCUGGCGCUUCCUGGUCUGGAAGUCAGCGGUCAAACAGAUUGUUUGGAGAUGUGCGACACUGGGGAAUUAUCCCAGGGGAGGAUAGUUUCUAUGGUUUCAUUUCAUGUCCUUUGGACAAGGGUUCACACUGCUUAUUGAAAUGUGUACUUUUUAUGGGAAUUCGGAUGGUAUUGCCUGAAUGUCUUACCUGUGAUUUAUUGCCUUAUUGAAGCCAUGUAAUAAUUGAUUGGUUGAUCAGUUUCCUGUAAGGCUAUACGAAGCUCUCAUUUGACAGUGAGGAGAAAGGGUUAUGCCAGGAAAGAGAAUACUUUGAGGCGUGUGUGUGUAAUUUGAAUAUAUUUUUCAACGGUGUACAUGUAUCUUGUGAAUCCUGGAACUCUGGCACUUGUUAAAAAAAAUGCGCCUGCAUUUAGUGAGCACUCAUCCUCAUCACUGAUCCUAACCCUUUUCUGUGAGUCUUCACAAGGUUUUCACACACUGUUGCUGGUAUUUUGGCCCAUUCCUCCAUGCAGAUCUCCUCUAGAGCAGUGAUGUUUUGGGGCUGUUGCUGGGAAACAUGGACU